ACCCUCAGAGAUAACAGCUGGACGGACAGACGGGGUCUACACUCCGCUAUAAAUAUUGGGGAUCCUUUGGACCACUCCCCCUGUUACUGAGCAGUACUCCUGGCUGCAGCUGACCCACGAUGGCCACGUCUCCUGUCAAACACUUCCUGGUUACCUAUUUAAUGCCAGAAAAAUGUUAUGAGGAGAUUUGCGUCAACUUUCACUUGCACGUGCCUUGCCUAAAGUUUGUGCUGAACAGAACUGUCGGAGUUUGGAUCAUUCUGGACACUUUCUUGUCACAGCUACCUCAGCUGUUGAAGAUACUGUGGAGAGGAAGUGCAGUUGGCCUGAGUCUGACUUCCGCUCUGCUGCAGCUUUAUGCCCUCUCAUGUCCUGUUGUGUACGCAAUGGCCAACAACUUCCCUCUCUUUGCUUGGGGUGAGAGGCUCUUCACGUUGGCCCAGACAGCAGCGAUUGUCUUCCUAAUCCUGCAUUAUCGUGGUGAUACUCUCAAAGGGAUGUUGUUCCUCUUGGCCUACGGUGGUGUGAUGUUCCUUCUGGGCUCCUAUGCAGCUGCAGGAGUCGGCUCAAUGAUGCAGUCCACAAGUUUGGCAGCUUUAAUAGCAAGCAAGGGUCUCCAGGCUGGAACUAACUACUGCAAUGGUUGCACAGGGCAACUGUCCACUCUGUCUGUGUUACUAUCAUGGAUAGGGUCUCUGGGUGUCUGGUUUGUGUCUCUACAGGAGACGGGAUGCUCAUUUGCUGCUCUGUCACACAUACUGUCAGUCUGUUUCAGCGGUGUCCUCCUGGCCCAAGUCUUCUGCUACAGGAGCAGCACCACCACCACUAAAAAGGAAGACUGAUUCUGUGCCAGAUGUUGGCAUAUCAAUAACUGCGCGGUGCAGAAGUAGCAGUAAAUGUUUAUUAUGGUAUUUUCAUACAAAUGUCUUAAAUUUGGUAUCUGCAGUUAGUUUCCCAUUAUUGUAGGAAAAUAUGUUGUCGCCCCCUAGUGAGUUAAAUAAAAACUACACACCUGGGUAAUAUUUUUUAAUAGCAUCUGCAGGUGACCUUCAAAAUAAACUUUGCGUUUUUAGGUGUAUUUAAAGUCACCUGGUGGCUAGUUUGUCAUACCAUUUUGAAAUUUUGGUUCACUAAACUGCUUUCAAGUACAAGUACAAACUGAUCAUUUAAAUCUAGGUACAGGAACAGUAAGGCAAGCACAGUUUCACAAGAAUUUCAUUAGUCUGAGUCAUUUCUAAUACACAUUCGUGGUUUUAAACUGGGAAAGAAGUGCAAUCACGCGGCAGACACGAGUGAGCACAUACGCUUUUCCCCGAUUAGUUCCUCCUCUGUGUUCAAAGGAACAUCCUGCAGAGGAGUCAUGUCAGGGCAGAUUUACUGUUGACACUGCUGACUGGGAAAAUGUUCAUUUAAUAAUAAUAAUGGUAAUUCCAUUUAGACUAAUUGUAGUGGUAUCACAUACUGAUUCAUUAUUUCUCUUAUAACCCUUUAAAGAUAUUUGUGACUACAUUUUGUAAAAAAAACCUGUUGCUGUCCAUGUUUUUUAUUUUAUUUUUAUAUUUUUAUUCAUUGAGGCUCACUGAGCAUGACCUGCCCAAUGACCCGUUUCCUACUUGCACAGAAAUUUACACACAAACAUUUACACCUGGGAGCUGCCCAUUGCUGCACUGGAGCAGCUGGAGUGAAGGGAUAGGGCUGGAGGUUGUUUUUUUUUUUUUUAGAGAUGAUUGUUAGUCAGUCAUUUCUCUGCUCUGUCAGUCUGAGAGAUUGAACGCCAUCAACCUUGAAGUCACAAAAAGGGCAGUAGAGUACUAUGGAAGCUACAGUAAAUCAUGUCAAAGACGAUGAAUAAAAUAAGAUUUUUUUACGUACAUGUUAGAAUUGGAAAAUACUAAAACCAUUAAUGUUUAAUUUCUUCCUAAGGACCAGUUUUGUGUGUAAGAACGCGACUGGCUUCUGAGCUUCAAGCCAGCCACCGUGGACAAAAUGUCCAGUGUUCCUCCGUAACACUCCACAAAUUGACAGGAGCUCUUGUCAAAACACACUGAAGUCCCAAUGGCAGCACAUGUAAUACCAGUGACUGCUCACCAGCUACAAUACUUUUUUUAGUUGUUACUUUUCAACAUGCUGUGUUAUACGCUCAUAUUUUAUGAGCUGUACUGUGGACUAAAUUUUAAUGAUACUGUGAUCAUUGUCUCUGUACAGUCAGUAAUAAAAAACAAUGUUGCAACAGAAUAGUCAUUUGUGAAAACAUGUAGAGUUAACAGAGCUGUCGCCUUCAGUCACCUUUGUGUCAGGCGCAUUCAAACGUUAUCUGUGUGUACAUAAAAUACAUUUCCCUCUGGGUGUCAUGUCACAA